CACCGCCCUUGUUCCACCUCCUACCCAUCUUUAAAUGGACAAACUUCUCAGUCCGAGAUUUCAUUUACGCUCAAGACCUGCUGAGAUCUCUUGCUUGAGCUCUACAUAUUUUCAUCCCCCUAUUUCUUACACUUUGGAUUGGUGUCCUAAAAGAUCUUGGUAGGAAAUCAAAGGAAUGUAUUGAGCUUCUUGAUGACACGUGACUCCUUUUACUGUUAUAAUAUCCACCUAAUCAUAAGACUAGAAUAAAGACUACACGGAUGGAUUUUAUUGAAAUUUCAACGCUGAUGCUCUAUGUGCUGUCUCACCUUACAGAUCCUUCUGUAAGUCAAGUUAUUGAUAUGUGUAUGCCUGCUCAAGAAACCAAUACCUACACUUUUGAUUUCCAAUUGAUUCAAAGACUCUUUGACCUGUCUGAGUUACAAAUAAUGAGAGAUGAAGUGGUGGUGUCCGUUGGCGAUACAGACUCCUCCUUCAUUGACUAUUUCGAGACGAUUGCUCAAACUGAUGUUUCCAGAGUUCUUGAUGGUAUGAUUUCGAUUCGACUCACGAUUCGCAAUGUCACAAGGCACGAUCAAGGAAACUGGAGAACCAAUUAUUUACAUAAUGGUAGAUUGUAUCAAUCUCCCGAGCUCAACUGUUAUCUGAAAACAUUUGUCCAACCACAAGACAUUUGGUGUCAGGCUAAACUCAACGGUGCAAUACUAGACGUUCGAUGCAACACUCAUAAAACAUUCCCACAAGCUCUAUGCGUAGUUAGAUUAUCAAAGGAUUCAACACAUGAGCUAGUACGUAUAGAUUACACACACGAAUCAUUCUUGGAAGAUACCAGCUCCUAUUUUCGGUCAACAUGUUUUAUAUCUAUAAAUAUUUCGAACUUAGCUCCAAAGGAAUUGGGCGUUAACGUCACAAUGUACCCAAAUGUUACUAACACACCGCAGGACUUGAACUAUGGAGAAGUUAAGUCUUUGCACUACAACCUAAUAGAACAACACGGAAUUGAAACACACACUUUAUGUACUGUACGAGAGUUCGUUGAUACUACCCCUGAGGCAGAACAAAAGACGGUGAACAUGAACCUUCCAUUAGAGAGCACUCUGUUUACGAAAUUAGUAACAGAAGAUAAGACGUCUCAUGAGGAAUCUUCUGAAUCAACAGAUUUAAUUAACGAGCACGCAUUUGUAACGAUUAGCUUAACUUGUGUAAUGCUUGUGUCCUUAGGACUCGUUGUACAUAAACUUGUCAUCUGUAGAAGGUUACGGAAACGCCAGAAUGAUCAAGACAACCAUUUCUACGAAGUAAUCGACAGCGCAUAAUAGGCACUUUAUUAUCAUGUAAAAAUACAUUAUAAAUCUUACAUAGUCCUGCCAUAGAGAAUGAAAAUUAAGAUGAAUGUUAGUUAUCGUUGUAAUAUAAUAAAUCAAUUCAUAACCUUAGAAACAAAACAUAUUCUUAUAAUUAAGCAAUUGAAA